AUGGGCUUACAGGGUGAGAGACCAGUAGCACAAGUAAACCCUUUUCGUACGCAGUACGGCCGCCUAAGCUUAAGGCGGCGGCGCGAGGCAGAGGUGGCUGAGGAGACUGUACCUGCACGGAGACGUCGAAUCGGAGAAGCUCCUGUUGCUAUUGUAGCACCAGCAGUAGCAGCAGCAGCACUACCACUACCACCUCCACCACCAUCACUACCAUCUCGCGUCAUUCCCGUUGUGGAUUUAGUGUCUGUACGCCAAGAAGAAAGAGAAAACGGUUGGAUGGAAGAGGAUAGAGUGUUAGCAGAGUGGGAGGAAGGGGAGAUAGAAAGAAAUUUUGAAGAAAGAGAAAACGGCUGGAUGGAAGAGGAUUCGAUGGAUAGAGCGUUGGCAGAGUGGGAGGAAGGGGUGCUGGAAAGAAAUUUUGAAGAGAGAGAUAAUGAACGGGAGAUGGAAGAAGAAGAAGAAGAAGAAGUAAAAAUAAUAUGCUAUUUGUUAGUAGGAGAAAUCGAGACUAUGAACGUUUCCUCCAUUGAAGAAGAAAGCGAACAUGGAGGGGAGGAAGAGAGAGAAAGUGCAAUAGAAGAGGAUGAAGGAACGCAAGAGAGAGAGGAGGAGGAGAAAGAGGAGGAGAGAGGAGACGCUACUGUAACGCCUUCAGUCCAAACUGGCGGUGGUGUUGUGCGAACUGUCGACGAAGACGAGGCCACGUUAAGUGGUAAUGAAGCAGAGGAAGGGGUGAAUGAAAAUUCCGGCGUUAUCCUCGUGCAGCCGUCGCAACAGCAACAAGAACAGCAGCAUCAACAUCGUCGACAAUCGCAGAAUAGUGAACUUAAAUGCGGGAAAUGUAAACGCAGCUUUUUCGGGCAAGCGUGUUAUAAUCGUCAUCGCGAAGUCAACUCAUAUGACAGCAAAUCGCACGCAUCCGUUUGCGAUUCUGUUAAAGUUUGCGACGGAUGUGGGCGAUUUGUCAAAUCGGGAACGGAACAUAAAUGCGACGAGACGUAUUGCAAGACGUGCCGCUCGCUCCAUCCGUCGAAUCAUCAAUGUUACAUGCAACCUCUUCGCCGCAAAACUGUAAUCAAAGAUCCUGGCGAGGGUACGAGUACGGGUAAACGGGUAGAGGUUGUGCGUAACAAAGAUAACGACGAAUUGACGAACAGUCAUAGCAAAGGUCUCGUCGCGUUUGUGUUUUAUGACUUUGAAACACGUCAAGACGAGCUGCUACAAGGUAGUGAAGACACCUAUCAUCACGUACCAACUCUCUGCGUCGCGCAUCAAGUUUGCGAAGCAUGCUCCGCGCUAGAGGAAGACGCGACGCGCUGUCGUUGGUGUGGGAUACGCGAAUUUGUGUUUCGAGAUGAUCCUGUGAAACAAUUCGUUGAUUUCGUAACUCGAUUGACGAAAUGUUUCAAAAAGAUCAUCUGUAUCGCGCAUAACGCGAAAGCAUUUCAUAUUAAAGACGCGCAAUUCAUAUUAAAAUAUUUAGUAGAAAAGACGGAAAUGACAGAAAAACCCGAGUUAAUUUUGAACGGGACAAAAAUAAUCGCGAUAACGCUUGGGCAUGUUAAAUUUAUAGACAGCGUAAAUUACAUGCCCAUGCGUUUAUCCGAAUUACCCAAGGCUUUCGGGCUGAGGGAUACGUCGGAUAAAGGUGUAUUUCCUCAUCUUUUCAAUACGAUCGAAAACCAGACGUAUGUCGGACCUUUACCCGACAUUCAAUAUUUUUGUCCCGAUCAAAUGAAACCGGAAGAACGCGAACAAUUUUUAGCUUGGCACUCAAAGUUGUCUAACGAAGGUUACAUCUUUGAUUUCCAACGCGAAAUUGUUCGCUACUGCCGUAACGACGUCGUCAUUCUUCGGCGCGCGUGUAUGGAAUUCAGAAAAAUCUUUCUGGAGCGCGGUGACGUGUGUCCCUUCGAGGAAUGCACGACUAUCGCAUCAACGUGUAUGAAAGUUUUUCGUAAAAACUUUCUACGCAGUGAUGAAAUAGGCGUGAUUCCGUCGAAGGGAUACAGAAAUGCAGACAAGCAAUCGCAGAAAGCUCUGCGCUGGCUUGUGUGGAUGGAGCGCGAACUCGGUCAUCCGGUCAUUCACGCUGGUCGAGGACGCGAGCACGUAAUUGCAGGCGCGACUGUUGACGGGUAUUACGAGACGGAGACUGCUAACGAGACACGACGUUACGUUUUACAAUUCCACGGUUGUUUUUGGCACGGGUGCCCAAGUUGCUUUCGCGUUAAUCGUGAUCGUACACUUUUAUCCGCGAAUCCCGAAGACACCAUCGACACGCGUUACGAGCGAACUCUCGCGCGGACAUGGCGUCUUCAAAGACUAGAAUAUUGCGUGACCGAAAAGUGGGAGUGCGACUUUGAUCGAGAAGUGCGAGAAAAUCGGGAAAUGCAUACUUAUUUUGAAAAUCACGCGUUAUUGAAACUCGCACCUCUCAAUCCACGCGAGGCAUUUUACGGCGGACGUACUGAGAACAUCGCAAUCCACUACGAAGUUAAGGGUACAGAGAAAAUGCGUUAUGUCGACAUUGGUGAAGAAUGCGGUAGAUUAAUCGGGACAGCACCGAAUUUUAAUUUUGAUAACGUAGAGGGUCUUGUCCGCUGUAAAGUACUCCCACCGCGCGAUCUAUAUCAUCCGGUGCUCCCCUAUCGCGUUAACGGGAAAUUAAUAUUCGGACUAUGCCGUAGUUGCUGCGAAACCUUCUCGACGUUACCCUGUACUCACGAUUCUCCCUCCGAUCGUGAAUUCGAGGGUACAUGGGUGUCCUGCGAAUUGCGCAAGGCUGUCGAGAAGGGUUAUUUCGUCACGGAAGUGAGCGAAAUUUGGCAAUAUAAUGUCACGAGAUACGACCCCGGUACUCGGCAGGGUGGCUUGUUUGCCGAAUACAUAAAUACUUUCCUGCAAUUAAAGCAAGAAGCCAGCGGGUGGCCGAGCGAAUGCCAGGACGACGAGGCUAAAGAACGUUACCUUCGGGAGUACGAGAAAACCGAAGGUAUCGUUCUUGAAAAAAAUAAUAUCGCACGAAAUUCUGGCAUUCGUUCGGUCGCUAAGCUGUGCUUAAAUUCCUUUUGGGGAAAAUUCGAUCAACGAGCUAAUCUGCCUAAGACCGAGAUCGUGAAAACGUUUCAUCAUUUUGCCACUUUGCUCACGAGUCCUGAACACGAAAUAACCGGUAUAUUACCCGUCAACGACGAGGUAAUGUACGUUUCGUGGCGGCUACGCGAGGAAGCGGUCGUAGCCUCGCCGAUAACAAACGUCGUUAUCGCUGCCUAUACGACGGCACAGGCGAGGCUUGUAUUAUAUAGUUACUUAGAAAAAUUAGAUAAAAGAGCUUUAUAUUGCGAUACAGACUGGUGUAUUUACUUAAGUUCUGGUGUUCCGAACGAGUACGAACCGCGUACGGGUAACUUUUUAGGUGACAUGACGGACGAACUCGAAAGCUAUGGCAGCGGUAGCUUUAUCGAGUCGUUCGUAUCAGGAGGACCGAAAUUUUAUGCGUAUGUGGUUCGUACGCCGCAAGGAAACACCCACGAGAAGAAGAGGAAGAAGAGACAACGGGAAGGGAUGGCGUGGUAA